AGGAAAAUGAAAAAGAAGGGGGAGCUUACAGUCAGUGCAUUAAUUCAGUGUAUUUUUCAGAUUUUUAUACAGUAACAGUUUUACGCCUCAGAAUAGAUUUCUGAUCAACUAUUUAUUGGAAAAAAUUCCUGAUCAACGUUACUGGACAGGUUUUUAUAUUGAUGCCAAAAGCAGCAACAACUUUCAAAAUAUUAACAAAUUAAUUGGGUUUAAUCCAUUAAAAUCAGCUUCCGCAUACAAUUCAUUGUGGUUGGAAACUCAGCCUCAACUAAUUAAUGACAAUGAUGUUCAAUGUAUUGUUUUUGUAUCCGACUACAGUGACAUGGCAACAUUCGGAUGGAACAUUACACAGUGUUCCGAGUCAUACCCAACAAUUUGUCAAACAUUUGCAUGCGUUAAAAAUAUGACACAACGAUGCGAUGACAACAGUCGAUGUUAUCCGGUAACAGCCCAAUGUGAUAACAUCCAGGAUUGUGCAGAUAAUUCUGAUGAACGGGAUUGUUCAGAAACAAAAUGUCAAAUGAUACUAACCGAACCUACCGGUAUUAUCAGUUUACCUCCGGAUUAUUAUCCAGGAGUGAUUUGCAGUUGGAAGAUUGGUACAACAGAAAAUACCGAUAGAUCGUUAAUAGUUCUAGAGCUACAUAAUCACGGUAUCGAUGCAACAGACUUACUUGGUGUUACAUUUUCGGAUGUAAGCCCAAACUCUGAAACGCAGAAGUUUAAUGUUUUAUCGCAUGAUUAUCCACAAAAAUAUUCAUUUGUCAGUUCAUCAUUGACGUUGUUGUUCUCGAGUUUGUCUACCAGAUCAAGGAACAAAAAUUUUACUGUAAAAUAUGAAGUCCAAGUUGAAAGAAGCUGCAGCGAACAAUUUUUUGGUAACGGUUCUUGGUCGCUACCAAAAACAGCAACAGAUGACUUCUUUUAUCCCAGUAACCUAUACUGUGAUGCUAGCAUUAAAAACCUGAACAAUCAAAUUCUCGCGAUUCAGAUUAUGGAUUUUCAAGUUGCUAAAGGAGAUUUCCUAAAGAUUUAUGACGGAGAAUAUCAUCAAAAUAAUCUGUUUGGUGAAUUUACGAACACUGAGCACCCACCAACGUCAUUUUUUACUCGAUCUUCGGAAGUAAAUCUUGAUUUUCUUUCACAACGAGACAGUCCCGGUGCACCUGGAUUUAGAGUAGUUUAUCAUGAAGGUUGUCUUAAUGAAGAGCUGUUUGCUAAAAGUGGGCAUAUUGAAAGUUUGGCAGCUAGAUUUCCACUACGUCGUCAACCUUUUCAUUGCUCUUGGAUUUUAAAAGUUCCUUGCAGUGGUAACAAAAAAUGUCAAUUUACUCUGUAUAUAGAUAACCUCAGUAUGACUGAUAAAGAUCGAAUCAUUUUAACGUCUGGAAGAAAUGAAUAUUUAUUGACAAGGUACGAUGAAUUGCCUGUAAGAUACCGAUCGACAACAAACACAAUACAUGUAGACAUUGUUUCUGAGUCUGCAGCGGCUGCAGUUGUUGCAAAAUUUUCUAACGAUUGCCCAUUUAUAACACUGCAUAACAAUACAAGCGUUAAAUAUAGUAAAGAUCAAGAAUAUAGAUCAAUAGCUAAAUUUACCUGCGAUGAGGGUUAUAGCUUAAGCGGAGCAGCCAGUGUUCAGUGUGAAGAAAACGGUCAGUGGUCUGCAGAAAUACCUAAAUGUGUCGAUACUUAUUGUGCUCUGCCUAUAAUUAUAAAUGGUUUUGUUAUUUCUGUGAGUGGGUACACAGUAAACAACACCCUUACAUACGGUUGUCAACUCGAAUACAAAUCUGGCUCAUCUGUUCCAUCCAAAUGCAAUAGUAGCGGCGAAUGGGAUCCUCCUCCAGACUGCAAACAUGGCUUAAAAGUUAAUGAGAGCAGAACUGUUUUAGCUAUCAUGUGUGAUUCAGCUGAUAUUGACACUUAUAAUGACGCUUUACUGGCUAAUAAAACUCGCGGUAAUAAAGUAUACAGCAAAGCACGGUACUACAGUUGUAAAGAUGAUUCAUCGCAUUUGGUUGGCACCCAGUCCCCGUUCCGCGAAUGUCAAGAAAAUGGAACUUGGACAUAUCCCGAUUUUAGGUGUGAGCUAAACCAUUGUGAUCCGAUUACAUUUCUAUAUGGAACAAUGAAGGAAAAACGGUACGUUGUGGGCGAAGUAGCUGAAGUCGACUGUGAUGACGGUUUCAGUCUGGAAGGUGACCCGCCAAAAUGUUUAAAGAAUGGUAAAAACUUCUGCAAUAGUUUAACCUGCGGGGAGGAAGGUAUAUGUAAAAACAAGUCGGCUGACGGUUAUGCGUGUCAGUGCAAACCUGGAUUCCAAUGGUCCAAAACGAAUAAAAUUUGUGAAGACGUCAACGAAUGUCGGGAAAAUGGUUACUCGUUUUGUAGUGAAACGUGUACCAACAAUAAUGGCUCAUACAGUUGCAGUUGUUCUAAUGGGACACUGUAUGACAAAACUCAGCAUGACGAAUUGAUUCUCAAAAAGCAGUACCUUGUUGAUCAGGAAUCAUGCUUUGUGCCAAGAUGUACAAAACUAAAAAACCUACCACUCAACGUUUUCCCGUAUGCUUUGAAUCCAGUAAUUUCCAAUGGCUUGUUCUUGGUUAAUUCGUCAUACACAUUUAUAUGUAACUUAACCUCUGUUAUUGGAUUUAAGACAGUUACUCUGACUUGUGAAAUGUCGGAGAACCGCGUUCCUCAGUGGAAAACUGUUGGAAACUGUACCGACAUUUAUUUAAAAAAUUGUUACAUAAAGUUGACUACUAGUGGUGAAAGGAAAAAAAUGGCUAAUGAUGACGUCAAAAAAGAAUUGUCUGCAAUAAAAAUGUACAACGAUAAAAAAAGUCCAGCAGAUUUACUUUUCGUUGUGGCAACAGCAACCUGGUUCUCUCUGGACCCAACCAUUCAAUGUGCAUCAAUUCAGUUUGGUCAAAUACGUGGCCAUCAUGCUGUGAGUUUAGUUCUGCCUACAAAUCACUGCUCUGAACUGCAGUAUGACAACAGAACAGUGAUAGAACUUAAAAUCGAUAUCAAUGUAACUGGAUCAUUUGAUGCACAAACUAGAGUUUAUUAUGUUUGCCAGUCUGGAUAUGUUUUUGAAACUGGUGAAGAAUACGUUGAAAUGAUUUGCAGUAAAGGAAACUGGAAUAGAGUUUUGCCAAAAUGUAUCAGACAACAUUGUCAGCUGAAAGUUUCACCAGAUGUGGUGCCGCAAAAAAGCAAACUAUUACCUGGCGAAACCGUUUCGUUUGCUUGUAAAGAACCAAAUAAAAUUCUUAACGGUUAUCAUUCUUUUGUAUCUAUUAAUCAUGUUUGCAUAACUGCGCGGCUUUUGGAAUUUGAAGAGAUUAUAGUAUUUGAAGAAGCGAAGAAAGUUAAAAGCGAUACGACACCAGUGAAAUGCAGUUUGCCACUUCCGGGACUUAUGGAGACAACUGAAUCGCUAAAUAAAAGCAGAUGUGUAAAAGCGUUGAGUCCUGAAACAGCUGUAUCGGUCGGCUCACAAAUGGUGUUGUGGUGCGUUAUGGAAGAAUUCUGUAAAAAUUUUACUAUGCAUUGGAGAUGGCAAGCGAACGGUUCAACAUCAAAACCUUUGAGUAUUCAAAGUACAAAUUUAAAAUUAGGAUUGUACUUUGACUUCAUUCAGGUGGCUGACAGUGGGCUAUAUGAGUGUGUCAUUUCCGAUGGUGGCAGAACUGUUGAUGCCAAAACAACUGAUGUGGUUGUCAGACAAGAAGCUAACGUUGCUGACAACUGGGCUCAAAGCAAAUUUAUGACAGCAAUAACGAAUUGGUUAACUGGAAACAUUCACGAGCUGUACGGUCUCAAUUUUUACAUUUGGAAACAGGAUCUAGAAAACUAUACAUGGAUGCUUGCACGAUCAGCUCGAGAAGAGUUUUUAAUACAAGCAGCUUCAGUAUUCUCAUCUACAAAAAUUGUCGAGGAUUUAACCAUUCAGCGAUUUUUUACUAUUACAACACUUUCAUCAAACACCACGAAAUUUGAGGUCAAAAUCCCACGCCAAAAAAAUUUUCUUUACCUUGGUUUUAAAAGUCAAGGAUUAACCGCAAAAAUAUUUUCUGUUCAAACUUGGACUGUUAGCUGUCCUGAGAUACAACUGGCACAUGCAAUAUUUCCGGAAACACCAACAAAAAAAGAAGCUGCACUUGUGACAGGAAGCUGUAUAAAAGAGGCGUCAACGUAUGAUGAAAAUGGUCCAAAACUUAUCUGUUUAAGUGACGGUAGCUGGCAGUUGGUAAACGCAUCGUCUGCAAUGUGUUUCUGCAACUCUAAUUAUGCGAAUAUAUUUGGGGGUUGUGUUCGUAGAGCAGUCAAGUGUUAUGAGUGUGCGAAGGAUAAAGGAUGUUCUCCAAAUUCAAAAAUGCAGUGCAGUAUUGGCGAACAAUGCUAUGCAAAAGUAGUGCCAACUUCAACUACUGUACAGGUGUAUCGGGGUUGUUCAGCCACCUGUCAGUCAGUUUACUCAAACUUAACUGCGUGUAUGAACGGUGGAGAACAAUGCACUCUGUGCUGUGACAGCGAUUACUGUAAUUGGUUACCGCAGCCGAACCGAUCGCCAGCGAUCGUCGGAUACGUGCCAACUUGUAUUGACACCACUAACAUAGACAUUGAAUGCCAAGAUUGGAUAAAUGUCACAGUGUUUAAUAAGGAAUUCACCAAACCGACGCGUAUCCCUUUUCCCAGAGUUUAUGACACUAACCCAGAUUUCACCUUGACAAGUAAUUUUGCUAAUCUGGGAUCAUCCCCGUAUUUUUUGGAUCCUUCUGUUAAGGAGAUUGUAUGGACAGCUAAAAGUCGUUACGGAAAGACUGUUAGUUGUACGACAAAGGUUAAUUUUUCUGAUACUUGGGCGCCUUUGCUAGAAUGUCCUAAAAUUUUCGUGCAACAUGUGGGUCGGUUGAACUCGUCUUUUACCACAAUGGUUUUGCCUCCAGUCAAAGUUUCCGAUUAUUCCGAAGUUACUGUAGAAACAACUCCAAAAAACCUGUCAUUGGUCGACAUUAGAGAGCCACAAUUAGUCGAAGUAAAAGCAGUGGAUGCGUUUGGGAAUUCAGCGGAAUGCAUGAUUGACUGCAGUGGGUGGGUAACAAACAACGACGAAUUCGAUUGUCAAGGCGAGGAAGGGCAACAAAUUUGCACACGAAGACUUCCUUGUCAGGGGAGAGAGUAUCCAAGAGAACACUUGCUAUGUACAUAUCCUCCGACUUGGAAAAUCAACUCUUCCUUAACGGAGACAUAUCUUGGAGCGGAAAUUGUUCCAAAUUAUUUUCCAGGAAUUUUUACAGCUCAUCAAACACCAAGUAUGUACAUGGAGUGCACAAUUACGUUGGGAAGCUUAAAAGGAAAUAACUGUUUAUCGCUGUUUUUAUACUCAAUACAAAAGGAGUUUCACGCUGAGAUGUCGUCCUACUCAAACUGUUCGUGGAAAGGUGAAAUUCCGCGUUUUGAUGACAAAACAAUCACCUUUCUGUUACACAGUUUGAAUGUGGAUUUAGCUGACCAACCAAGUAUUGAAGAAGGUGCAAAUAAGUUUAUUAAGAAAUUUAAAGAAGGUGGAGUAAAAAUCAAGAAUAUUUGUGAUGCUAAUGUAACAUCUUAUAAUGCUACACUGUUUAUUGACUGCCCUACAAAAGGAUGGUUUAUUUCAGUUAAAGACAAUGUAACAAUUUGUGGUGAACAGAAGCGCAAUUUUGACAUAGAAGCUUGCGGAUAUGGCACCUAUACUGGGAAAGAUAAAUGUAUACCAUGCCCAUAUGGGAAGUAUAGUGCUGAACUGGGAUCUAGAGAAUGCACACUGUGUCCACCUGGAAGAACUACCAGGGAAGUUGGAGCCUAUUCUGCGGAGCAGUGCGUUGAAGUAUGUAAUCCUGGAUUCUUUUCUACAGACGGAUUAGCUCCGUGUUUUCCUUGUGAAAUUGGUUUUUACCAAUCAAAGCAGUUCUCUAAAAACUGCUUACCAUGUUCGGAAAAUAAAUCAACUGCUCAUUUGGGUUCUACCUCAUCGUUAGAUUGUUUGGAAAAGUGUCGGCCUGGAUUCUUUAGCAGCACCGGUUACGAACCUUGUGAAGCUUGUCCCAUAGGGUUCUAUCAAGAAACUGAAGGGCAGAAUACUUGUCAACGAUGUCCUCCGGGCACAACGACAGUGUCUGCAAUGACGGCAUCGUCUCUACUCUGUAGAGCAUUAUCUUGCGGGGAAUUCAACUGUAUAAACGGUGGUAAAUGUAAAGAUACUCAAUGCCAGUGUCCCAUUGGAUACACAGGAGCCGACUGCGGAAUCGCUACGUCGCUCUGUGAAGCAAAUUACUGUCUUAACGGAGCUACUUGCAAAGUUAACAGCGGCUCGCUUUUAUGUAUUUGCAGGAACGAUUUGAAAGGCGUUUCCUUUACGGAUUACGGUGACAAAAAUAUAGAAACAGCUACGACGAGCGUUCUACCCGUGAGUAACCUUAACGCCGCAGACACGAAAUCUUAUGUUACUCCUAGUGGUAAUGUCAACGUAUCUUCUGAUCUGAUCACUUCUUCCGAUAUAAUUACUCGGUCAACCCCAGUGGACAAAAGCGAUAUGAAAACAGAUGGAUAUGUCGAUGUUAACGUGUUAUCCUCGAACACAUCUCUUUAUGGAAGUCGUGAAAUCAAUAGAACCUCUGACAAGAUGUUUCUCAGGUCUAACGCGAAUACCAUUCUUAACAAGUACCAGUCAGUACCUUUUGGCGACGAAACUGCUUUUGAGAAACUGCUAGCUGAUUAUAAUGUAACAAGUUAUUACCGUAGCGACACUUUCACAACCAGUCAUGAUUUCACUAAUAGUGUUUUAUCUGAAAGCGGAACAGAAGCAGCUAUAUCUAGUACAGCUAAUACUUUGGCAUCUUUUUAUUUUAAUAGCAACAAACCAAUUCCAUUCUUGAAAACCAAUACAGUGCCCCAUGAUAAUGGCAGUGUGACAUCGUUUUCAAAGAAAACCGUCACAGCAGUUUCUAACGCUGACAAGGAUACAAAGUUUUCUAGCAACACUGAUGCGGCACCUUCUUCUGUAAGUUCCGUAACUGGUUCCUCUAGAACUACUGACGCAAUUUUGGGCUUUGAAACUUUUCAGGCGACUUCGGUGCAUUCUAAUGACAAAGAUUCGACGAAAACGUUUGAAGCGAGUUCUAAUACAGUCUUAUUUGAUACGAAUAGAGACUCGUCAGGAACUGAACACUUGACAACAAUCGGUGAUAAAUAUAGUUCCACAUCGCCUAUCGAUUUCAAAAGCACGACUGCUGUUGACGGUACUAUUGGAUCAUCGGUUACCACAAGUUCUGGUGCAUCAAUUCUUACAGAAGGUCUUGUGAGUGGUAGUAUAGUAUCAGCAUAUGGUGCCAGUGCUAAAACAACUUUUGAUACCAGCAUUGAUGCUGCAACGUCUGAUACUGUAACCGAUCUGGCGACCCCUGAUCCAGGCAGAAACACUUCAACUCUUCCUGAUGCUAAUAGUGAUCUGACGAUUUUCAUUAGUGGACAGACUACUGAAGUCGAUUCAACGACUGAAUUAACAAGUAGUGACAAAAAAUUAUCAUCUACUGUUUCAAAGGAAACAGAAACAAGUAAAGAGUUCUCCUAUAACUUUAGGACAAGUUCUACUGAUGAUACCUCCUUUGAAACCAGAAAGAUUACUGUCAGAUCCGUGCCUACAGAUAAUGCGAAUACUACAGGCACCUAUUUUUCAAGUUUUUCAAGCUCAAGCUGGUCAUCUACUAUUCCUUCUCCACAAAACCCCUGCAGCUACCACAAUUGUUCUUCUCAUGGAAUAUGCUAUGUAAAUUACACUUCAACGGGAGAAGAAAGAGCACAGUGUCUUUGUCGCCCAGGGUAUGGUGGAGAUAAUUGUUCAGAAAAAAUUGAUUACUGCAAAGAGACCGAAAUGAAUUGUCAAUUCGGAAAAUGUGAAUCGCACAUGGACGAUAUUGCUGGAUAUUUCCUUUGUGACUGCGCAAAUCCAGGUAUUGAGUGUUUCUUCGCAUUAUUUAAACUUCUAGCUGUUCGUGGAGAACGUUGCGAAACAGUUGCUCCAUGCCAUCAAGAUCAAAAUCUUGAAUAUCAAAGUUAUAUUACACCGUGCUUAUAUGGUCGUUGUGAAUAUAGUGGAAGUGACCUACAAGGUCAUUGCAAAUGUGAUUUCAAUUAUGAGGGAGAUAAGUGUGAUCAUGAAAGAAAUUUCUGCGAUCCAGAUCCUUGCAACAAUAACAACUGUGCUAACAAAGAUGGAGGAUACUCCUGCAGUUGUUUCAGCGGUUAUAAAGGCGCUAACUGCACGGUAAAUGAAAUUGACCCUUGUACAAGAAAGCCCUGUGCGAAUGGCGGCAAAUGUAAAAUGAGAACACCGGGUUAUAACGGAACAUAUGACUGCAGUUGUCCGGAUGGUUGGACAGGCGAACGCUGCAUUGAUCUCGAAAAUUUAUGUGUCAAUUCACCUUGUGCUCCUGGGGCAACCUGUGAAACAUUGUCUAAUCACACUUUCGUUUGUUUCUGUUCAAAUGGUACCAAAGGGCGAUACUGUAAUGAAAGCAUUGACUACUGUGGUUUGCGAAAUCCAUGCUUGAAUAAUGGAAUAUGCAAAAACAACGUGUCAUCUUACGAAUGUUUGUGCAGUGAUGAUUAUACUGGUAAGAUCUGCGAAACUCGGAAAGAUUUUUGUGAUCCAAAUCCGUGUCGAAACAACGGUAUAUGUAUGUAUGAGCCUGGAAACUAUAGUUGCAGUUGUAGGCCCUACUUCACUGGAAGGAACUGCGAGACGCCAUUGGAUCCAUGUACGUUAGAAAAUAAUGAACCCUACUGUGUUAAUGGAGGCAAAUGCAGUGUUUAUGGUGGUCUUCCACACUGUCAGUGUCCGAAAUCGUUUACUGGUGAUCACUGCGAAAUUGACAAAGAAGAGAAUUACAACCUUUUCUUCACCGGCUUACCAUUUAACAGAAGCAUUGUCUCUGAAACUUUUAACGCAUCUGUGCUGAUGGAAUUUACUCUUUGUUUUUGGGUUAAACCCGGAGCAACAGAUCAAAAAAUGACUUAUGGCAACAGCAGUGCAAUAUUUCUAACAAUUUCUACCGCAAAUUUAAAAAGGCAUGUUAUUCAGCUAUUUAUUAAACUCACUAACAUAAACAAUGAAAUUAUUACAAUAAGUGCCCAAGAAAUUCGCUUUGAAGGGGCAUUGGUUUUUAUCUUGAACCUAGAUGAACUAUUUUGGCACCAUGUUUGUUUACGUGCUUUUGAAAAUGGUACCCUGGAAGUUCUUUUGAACGGAAAUGUUUCACUUCCAGCAGCUCACAGGAGACUUCCACUAUUAAAUACCCUUGCCUUAAUACUUUUGGGAAGGGAUAUUAAUUCUACUGAGUAUUUUACUGGAGAAAUUAGCCUUGUCCAGCUUUAUAGCUCAGUGCUGAGCAACGAUGAAAUUUAUGAGAUGGCGCAAAAUUGCGACAAGUGGAUGAGCAAUGUUAAUUCUACAUCUCGAGACAGUCUUCUUGUCGGCUGGCAGCGCUUUACAAGUGUAGAUCGACAAAAUUUUCCUGUAUUUGCGUUAUAUCCGGGCAUAUGUGUUUCUGCAGCAUGUCUGCCUGGCCAAAUUUGUAAACCUAAAGAUCAAGGGUGCGAAAUAAAGACUUGAAG